AGCGGGCCAGGCGCGCCCUUGUUCCCAGCGGGGCAGGCAAGCCCCCCGAGACAUGGACCCUGGCGAUCCAUGGAAGGGCGCGCAGCGCGCGCUCGAGCGCUACGCCCAGGCGUUUGGCUACCUGCAGAGCUACGAGGACCUCGAGAAGGUCUGCUGCAUGCACGGGGAGCCGCUCGCGCGGGCCGCGGAGCGCCUGCCGCACAACGCGCCCAGGCGGGUGCUCCCUGGCCAGGGCAAGGCCGACUCGCCGACGAGCUGCCGCAGAGGGCCUCGGACAUGCUGCAGAGCGCGCUGCGCGCGAUGGAGCCAGCGUGGCGCUGCGAAGUGCACCUGGCUCCGGAGCAGCUGAGCGGGCCGGCGCGGGGCGCCGCCAUGCUGGCGGCCACGGAGGUGUGGGCCGUGGAGGUCGCCGAGCUCCUCGAGUCCUGCCCGAGCUGGGACACGGCCCAGGCCCGCGCGCGGGAGCUCGUCUCGGCAGACCUGCACGCUGGCGCUGGUCUGGUGCCGGCGGGCGCUGGGUCCGCCGAGCGGCGGAAGAUCAUGAGGAUUCUGGGUGCACACGCGGGCCAGGAGAGCGGGGCGGCGGACUUCACCCCCGCCGCCGAGGCGGCGCGUCGGCGGGCCGUCGACUCCAAGUUGGACGCGCUGCGGCGCGGCGACGUGGACGGCGGCCGCCGGGCGGCCGUUUUGCCGCUGCGCCCGCGCGCCUCGGAUCUCGCCGCGGCGCUGACGGCGGGCGCGGGCGCCGAGGGCGGGCCGGGCCCCGGCUGGCCGCUGCCGCCGCGGUCCGGCGGCGCCCCCGCGCCGGGCGGCGGCGGCCCGGAGGCCGCAGCGCUGCCGGCGCUGGG